GAGUUUCUGAAAGUACUACAUAACCAUGUUUUGUAAAAUAUUUUACAUUUUUUUAAUCUCCUACAAUAUAUUUUCUGUGCAUACGAAGCCAGGUGAAAAGUUUGAGCGUAUUUUGUAUGGUGAGAUAUCGCGUAUUGAAGAUUUUCCAUACUUUGCUGGGCUUGUAAAUUGUGGCGCUGCAAUCAUAUCAGAUCGACACUUAAUCACUGCUGCCCAUUGCUUUGAAGAUGAGAGCGUCCGUGUAUAUAUAAGACACGCUUAUGUCGGUGGUGAAACAACGAAGAAUAGCCAAGUAGUGAAGUAUAAAAAUGUAAUCAUACAUCCAGCUUAUUUAUUGUACGAUAACGUGCCGUAUAAUGACGUCGCUAUAAUUGUGCUGGCAGCACCGUUGAUGUUUUCUAAGAAGGUGCAACCUCUUAAACUGCCUGAGCGAAUGGGCAAUCGUAAGACGUCUAUGGUGUUUGUUGGGAGGGGAAUUGAUGAGACAGGUGAAAUUUCGAAGGAACUUAAAAGUAUGAACGUCAAAGGGUUGACUGUAAAGGAGUGUAUAACCCUGAUACCGCCAUAUUACCGAAAGUACUACCAUCAGUAUCUGGACAUAUUGGCUAAAAUGAAUAUCUGUGCAAAGAGGCCUGGCAACAGACCCGGAUUGUGUAAUGGUGAUUCAGGCAGUCCGUUAGUAGAGGAUGGCGUUCUGGUUGGGUUGGCGUCAUUUGGUGGUGCAGAGUGUGCGACCAGUCGACUGGGCUUCUAUUCCAAUGUUGCAUAUCAUGUGGAAUGGAUUAAAAAUGUCACUGGAUUGUAAGAGGCGUUCAAGUUUUCCAAACAAAAAAAAUCUGUAUGACUUUUAUAUUUUUAUAAGUAUUUCCGUGAUGUAUGUAUUGCGGAUAAGGAAUGUAAACAUAUAUUAAUAAUACUAAAUGUUAUUAUUGUAAAUGUAAACG